UCUUCAUGAGCAAACCACCAUAACAAAGCAAAGGACUGGGAAGUGUUUAUAACACAGUGUUAGCUGUUUUCUUGACUUUGCUGAUCGUUUUCUGAAUGUUCAUUGCAUUUUUCUUGGCAAAAACGGCAAGUGUCUUCCGCUUGCCUACUAAGAAAAAGAUAUUUCGAAACCAAGCAACGCAACUUCACUUAUUAGCUAGCAAUAUUUGCUAGCUACUAUUGGCUACAUCUAUCGAGUUCGCUAGUCUAACCGAGUAUGGCCGAAAACGCAAACAGUGCAGCCGGUCUUCCUCCAGGUGAUCCUCAGCUAAUCGCACUAAUCGUGGAACAUCUGAAGAACCGAGGUCUUUUCGACGAGUUUAGAAGGGACUGCCUAGCAGACGUGGACACUAAGCCAGCUUAUCAGAAUUUACGGCAGAAGGUGGACAACUUCGUAUCUAGUCACCUGAGCACACAGGAGUGGAGUCCCUCCAUCAACAAAAAUCAAGUGCGCAAUGGUCUACGACAGAGUGUAGUACAGUCUGGAAUGUUGGAGUCUGGUGUGGACCGAAUUAUAACUCAGGUGGUGGAUCCCAAGCUGAACCAUAUUUUCCGGCCACACAUUGAGAAAGCUAUCCAUGACUUCCUGGCUUCAGAGAAGAAAGAAGAUGGAGUGUUGAAUUCAUCGACCGAGACAGAGCAGCAGGAUGCUACCAGCCAGAACACCACAGCAAAGGCACAAUGAGGUGCCACAUGAUGCAAGUUGUGCUUCUUGUGGAUUAUGACGGCUCGAAGCGUCAGGAUCACUGACUGAGGAAUUGCACCAAAACCGGAAUUACACUUUGUGUGGGAACAUGCUUAGAUUGAGCUGGACAAACCUUGUCCAUAUGUAAAGCAUAAGAGAAGGAAAUGGUCUUUGGCCUAUGCACCGUGUGUGUGUGUGUGUGUGUGUGUGUGUGUGUGUGUGUGUGUGUGUGUGUGUGAGAGAGAGAGGGAGAGAGAGAGAAAUCAUUCAUAAAAUUAGCAUGAGUGAAAGAAGAAUGGAAUAUCUUGUUUAAAUGAUGUCAUGUAAAUUAGUAGUUUUUGUGAUGAGGAAUGUGAAUACAAUCUGACAUUUCACAUUUGUUGAAAUGCUUCCUUUUUUCACUUGUAACAGGGUAUGCAGGAAUAAGCUUCUAUGAAUAAAUAUUACAUACUGGGAA